AUGAAACAUGGCUAUGACGUCAUCCCAAAAGAGCCAAUCACACAGAAAUCCUUUACAUAUGUUCCAGGAAUUGCAAGAAAUAAAGCGCCCAGUGCCAAGGGAGCCAUCGACACCAGUGCCCGGUGCCCAGUGCCACCGCCCAGUGCCAAGGGAGCCAUCGACACCAGUGCCCGGUGCCCAGUGCCACCGCCCAGUGCCAUGGCAACCUCCGCAACCCUCACGCACGCAGGCAAAGUCACCAACAUGGCCCCCUGCGCCCCUCCGGAGGGCGUGGAUGGCCCCGCCUGGCCCAUCAACCAGCUGGGAGGCAACAGGAGGGAACCGCCCCCAGGGGUUCUGCCUUGGCCCCCAGGGGUUCUGCCUUGGCCCUCAGGGGAUGGCGGAACGAGGGACGGUUUCUUCGCAGUUCUCGGCGCUCAGCCCCUGGUUUCCCUGAAGCCUGAGGUACCCCCUUCCGUGCCUCCUGGCGUGCCCCUGGUCUCUACCGCGCCCUUCAUGCCUUCCCUCCCCCCUACCGUGCCUCUGGACCCUUCCCUGGUCCCUACCGUGCCUCUGGACCCUUCCCUGGUCCCUAGCGUACCUCUGGUCCCUUCCCUGGUCCCUAGCGUACCUCUGGUCCCUUCCCUGGUCCCUUCCCUGGUCCAUACCGCGCCCCUGGUCCCUCCCUUGCACCCUACCGCGUCCCUGGUCCCUCCGAUCCCCCCUACCGCGCCGCCUGAUGCCUCCCCUCCCCCCCAGGAGAGGGGUGACGUUCCACCUUCCUCCGAGGCAUAUGAACAUCCCUCCCGAUUCCUCGUCGGAGAACGGGAACGAGAACGUACGUGUGGAUGAAGAGGAGGAAGAAGAAGAAGAGGAAGAGGAGGAAGAGGAGGAGGAGGAAGAGGAAGCGAGUCAAGCCAAGAGGCACGCCAAGGCGGCCGGCGGAGGGCCGUGCCUGUGCCAGUACCCCUGCUGCGGGAAGGUCCUCUCGCCGGCGCCGGAGGAAGCCUACAAGCAGUGCCACCAGUGCCACACGCGCUACUGCUCCCGUCCCUGCCGGCGCAUGCACUGGGACGCCCACAAGAGGCACUGCGCGCGGAUCCUGGCCCGCUCCUUGGCCAAGAAUCUCACCGUGGCCCUCCGCCACAGGCCGAGGGUCCUCCAGCAGCUGAGCGUCGUGGCGCGCAGGGGCGUGAGGUCCCUGGGGCGCGGGGCGGUCAAAGAUCUUCUUCAGGGACACGGCCGAGGUGGAGAAUUUCCUGCUGGAUUUGGGCGAGGAGAAGGAGAAAGAGAAGGAGAAGGAGAAGGAGAAAGAAGGGAGGCAGGACAAAGACAAGGAGAA